UCCGGGCUGCGGGUGAUACUUGGGGGGGGUCUGCUGGGGGUGCGGGAGCAGCAGGGGGUGGGUCUGCAGAUGUGCCACCUCGAUCCCCUCGGGCUUACGUUCGCUUUGCGGAUUCUCCGGCUGUUCUGGGUGGGGACAGCAGCCACAGCAGCAGCAGUGGCAUUGGUGACGGGGAUAGGGGAGAAAAAACAGCAGCAGCUGCAGCAGGUGGGUUCAGGGAAGGUGUAACCAAGGAAGGCUCACCUGGUCCAUCAUCGCCCCACGGCCCAUCCAAGCUGGGUCCUGGUGCCAUCAACAGCAGCAGCACAGAGGGGGCCUCUGCCUCCCUAGAUCGCCCAGUGAGUCCCCUCGGCCUAUCGCAGCAGUCCGCGCCAUCCAUUACAAUCACACCUCCCUCUCACGCCCGCGUGGCAUCCACCUUCCGAGCCCCCGUCCCCCCCGCCCUGCUCUCCCCCACCUGCGUGGUUUUCGACGCCACACCCAAGUCCCCCGCCCCUGUGGCUAGCUUGCAGCGGCUCAAUGCGCGGAAGGAGACGCGUGACGAGCCGUUUGUCACAACAGAAGGGUUGCAAGCACAGGCAUUGGCACAGGCCCAGGCCCAGGCGAUGAAAGCACAAGCAGAAGCACAGGCAGAGGCAGAAGCACAGGCACAGUCACAAGAGUUGCGCGGCUGCAAGCACUGCCGUCCUUCUCUCUAGACGGCUCAUGUGGUAGAGAAGGCAGGUUGCUUCCUCCCUGCCUCCAGAGCUCCGUCCCGCCACUCCUCCUGCUGCUGUGGCUGCUGCUGCUUCCGCCUCUCCUGUGCCUCCCUCUCUUCUGCUUCUGCCCCACAUGCCUCUCCCCAUGGCACCUCCCUCUCGUCAAGCCCUCGCCCCUCUACUGCUCCAUCCUCCUCCUCUCGCCCCACCACCCCUUCUUCCCGCCCCACCACUCCACCUCUAAAAACCUCACUGCCUUUCCUCUUAGGCUCUUCCUCUAGCCUUUCCUCUGGUUCGCUCUUGUCCAAUCGGCCCUCGGAUGCAGUCACAUGCGAGUGCACCACGGGGCUAGGCAUGCGCAGGGACAGGCUCAGGAGCGUGUGGGUGGAGAGGGAUGAGGAGGAGUGGGAGGGGGAGGGUGCAGGAGAGGAGGAUGGGAGGAGCCUAAGAGACGGGGCGGGGGAGGGGCAACGCCCCCUAGAUCGAGGAGGAAUUCGUUAAGUCGGAGUAUCGGAGGCGCGCUGAGGGUGCUGCAGAGGGGGAGGAGCGAGCAGGAGAGAGGGAGGCACAGCAGCCUGAGGAGCAGUAAUUUAAGCACAAGUAUUGGCAGCAGUGGGAGUGGUGGUGCUGGCAGUUUUGAUGGGCGAGGGAGCAUGCUAGGUGGUGGCGGUGGUGGCGGAAGUAGUGGUGCCGGCGGUGGUGGUGGCAGAGGUGGCAGCGGCGGUGGCGGCGGUGGUGGUGGCGGUGGUGGUAGCGGUAGCAGUGCUAGUGGAUUUGGUGGUGGUGGUAGUGCUAGUGGUGCAGUAAGUGCUGCUGGUGGUGGUGCGAGUGGUGCUGCUGCUGGUAGAGGUCCUGCUGGUGCUGGUGGUAGUGCUGCUAGUGGCACAGUAAGUGCUGCUGGUAGUGAUCCUGCUGCUGCUCCAAGAGGCUUAGCCACUGGUGGCCAUUACAACAAAAGAAGCACUGGCGAUGUUAGUGUCGUAAGUGGGGGAAGGAGUAGUGUGACCGGUGGUGGGAGCAUUGGCGCUGGAAGCAUGGGCGGUGUUAGCACGCUUGGUGCUUCAAGCAGCACCACACAUCACCAUUCCGGUGGAAUCAGCUCCGGAAGCGCGGACAGUAAAAUCCCGUAUGGAUUUGAGCGUCCUUUGCCUGUAGUCAAGCGACCAAGUAGUAGCGGAGGUAGGAGGCCAGCAACUAGUGGUGCUAGAAAUGGCGAGGCUUUAUCAAAGCUGAUAACGACGAGCCCGCGGAGCUAAGGCGAGCAUCUACAAGAGGAUAGCUCCACAGGAUAGGAGUAGUAGUUAUGUGAGCUUUGGGUUGUUGUGGAUGUGUUCCACUUUUGUGUUGGGUUGCUAUUUACUGUAAAUGAUUUAGUUACGGACUCUUGGCUAGGCAAA